AUACCAUCUCUCUAGGAAAACUGACUCCUGUUCCAGGUUGGUGAGACAUCACUGAAAUGCUGUUAGGAUUUGUGACCUGCUGGAACCCCUGUCCUGGCUGCAUGGCCUUGGCCCUCCACAGCAGAGCUGGCACAGCUGGACAUUCCCUCCACCCAUCAGGAACACCCCUGGGCGCUGAGCAGGCUUCUCUGAGUCUGGUGCCCCAGCCAGCCCUGAGACACUUCCCUGAUCCCAGCCACCAGGCAGUCCACACAAGUCCUUGCUACUUAGCACAUACUUAGGGAUGUGAGGUGGUUCAAGGAGCCAAUCAGAGACCAGGUUUUGGGGGAGUGGAGAUGAGAACCUCACACCUGGGCUCUGUCUGAUAAAGCCCAGGCCUAGGUCCAGGACCUUGGCCUAGAGAUCCUCCUCCUGACCAAGGCCUCAGGCCUGGGACUUUUGCCCAAGGACAAAGAGAACCAUAAAAGCAGGCUCAGCUCUCAGCCUCAUGCCUGCCACAAUGCUGCUGCUCAGUCUGACCCUUAGCCUGGUCCUCCUCGGCUCCUCCUGGGGCUGCGGCAUUCCUGCCAUCAAGCCAGUCCUGAGCUUCAGCCAGAGGAUUGUCAACGGGGAGAAUGCAGUGCCCGGCUCCUGGCCCUGGCAGGUGUCCCUGCAGGACAAAAGUGGCUUCCACUUCUGUGGUGGUUCCCUCAUCAGCCAGUCCUGGGUGGUCACUGCUGCCCACUGCAAUGUCAUCCCUGGCCGUCACGUUGUUGUCCUGGGAGAGUACGACCGAUCAUCCAAUGCUGAGCCUUUGCAGGUUCUGUCCAUCUCAAAGGCCAUCACGUACCCUUCCUGGAACCCCACCACCUUAAACAAUGACCUGACGCUACUGAAGCUCGCCUCCCCAGCCCGGUACACUCAACGCAUCUCACCAGUCUGCCUGGCUUCCCCAGAUGAGGAGCUGCCUGCAGGCCUCAAGUGUGCCACCACUGGCUGGGGACGCCUCAGCGGCGUGGGCAAUGUGACCCCAGCACGUCUACAGCAGGUGGCUCUGCCUCUGGUCACCGUGAAUGAGUGCAGGCAGUACUGGGGUUCACGUAUCACUGAUGCCAUGAUCUGUGCAGGUGGCUCAGGGGCCUCCUCAUGCCAGGGAGACUCUGGAGGCCCUCUUGUCUGCCAGAAGGGGAACACAUGGGUGCUUAUUGGCAUUGUCUCCUGGGGCACCACCAAUUGCAAUGUGCGCCAGCCUGCCAUAUACACUCGGGUUAGUAAGUUCAGCACCUGGAUCAGCCAGGUCAUAGCCUACAACUGAGCCGACCACAGGCCCUCUCCCCAUCUCAAUCCAAUAAAGACUCCAUGCUCUGUC